AUGUCGGAAGAAACUGUACAACCUGCAGCAGAUACCACUCAAGCUGGUCAGGCUUCUUUGGAAGUUGGACAACCCGAAGCCAAAUCAGAGGCUGAAGUGAAAGCGGAAACUCAAGCUGAACAUCCAGAGCCUCAACAAGAAAACGCACAGCAAUCAGUUGAAAAUAACUAUACAAUUCCGAACAGAAUAUCUGGUGCUUCACUCAAAAGCCAAUUUGUUCGACUUCGCGGUCUUCCAUUCAACGCCACGGAGAAAGAUAUUCAUGAGUUUUUCACUGGUUUGAUUGUCAAACGAGUGAAGUUCGUUUGCACUACCGGACGUCCCAAUGGAGAAGCUUAUGUUGAGUUUGCGAGCACGGAUGAUGCUGGGAGAGGAAUGGAGUGUGACAGAAAGGAGAUGAGCAAUCGCUAUAUAGAGAUAUUCUCUGUUCCCAUUUCGGAAGGCGAGAAUGAAUUCCGUCCGGAUGCCGAUGGAAACGGCGAAGAAAACCAUGUUGUGCGAUUGAGAGGAGUUCCAUGGUCAUGCAAAGAAGAAGAUGUGAAACAAUUCUUCCAAGGGCUAGAACCACCACCGGCGGAAAUUGUAAUUGGUGGGACGUCUGGGCCGAGACCGCGACCAUCUGGGGAGGCGUUCGUUCGAUUUACGUCGCAAGCAGCGGCUAAAAAGCGAUGGAGUACAAUAACAUGCAUAUGGGAACGAGGUGGGUAUUAUUGCGGAUGUAUAGUGUCAUACGUCGAGGUCUUCAUGUCGAGUAUGGUUGAGUUGAAUCGUGCCAAAGGAGGAGGAGGUUCCGCUGGGUCAUAUGAACGAACAGGGAUUCGUCCACUGAUGUCUCUCGAUCGUUCAGAUGCUGGAUACAAUCAAACAAGAGGUGGCGGCGGCGGCGCCGGAUACGGUUAUGGAGCCUAUGACGAUUACAGUUCGGGUGCCUAUGGUACGGGAGGACACCACGACUACGGAUACAGUUCCUAUGAUCAAGGAAGCUAUGGAGAUAGUUAUGGAAACGGAGGUGGCCAUCACCACGAGGGUCCAUUGAGAAUCUAUAUGCGCGGUCUACCCUAUGAUGCUGAUCACCAUGCCAUCGAAGCAUUCUUUUCACCACUCAGAGUUCACUCUAUCAAGCUUGGUAUAAAUGAAGCUGGACGGUCUUCGGGAGAUGCGAUUGCCGAGUUUGAUAGCUACCAAGACUUGCAGUCAGGAUUAGCCAGAAACAAUCAGAGAAUGGGAAGAAGAUAUGUCGAACUAUUUGACACUCGUGGAGCCCCUGGACCAAUGCGACGUCUUCUCUGGAAAGAAACAUCUGGUCCAAACGUGUUAGCUGCACCAGCCCUUGACCCAAUAUUAAACGGAGGUCGACGCGGCGCAGCUCCACAACGAGAACCAGUCUACCGUGCCGGCCCACAAGCGAUGCCACCAUCGCAUCGGGAAUCAAGAGAUACGAGAGAUGCACGAGAUCCAUACGGUCCACGUGCUCCUCGGGGUUACGAACAUCGAGAACAAGCACAUGUCAGAGCCCCAGCGCCAGCACACGGAAGAGCUCCAGAUCCAUGGGGAGCUUAUGGAGCGUCAUACGAACAAAGCAGCACUGCGGCAACAGGAUACGGUGCGUGGGAUGGUUAUGGUUAUGGAGCAGCGGGUUCUACUCAAUCUGGAUAUUCAUCAACUGCAUCCUCAGCUUAUGGAGCUCAACCAGCUGCUGCGGGAUAUGAUCGUCACAGAGAAUCAAGGGAUACACAGUCACCUUGGGCACAACAUCAACAACAAAGUUCCUAUGGAUGGGGAUCCGGUGCCGGAGCUGGAGACCGUAGGGGAGGAUAUUAA